AACAAACAGAAACCAAGGGCAUGUAUAGUGGAAGAGAGCGGAGCCAAGGGGGUGUGGAAAGACAGGCGUGAUUGGAUUGAAUUGGUGAAUGCCAAGCAAUAUGAAAUUAAAGACGGUGUAAAGAUUGUAUACAGUUCUAUGCAGACAGCACUGGUGCAGAAGAGAAUCAAGAGAUGCUCGUGAGAGAAAGGAGCUGAUUAGCAGAGGUGCAAGGACUAAACCCCAGUCCAAAACCAUGCUGACCUGGAAGCUACCCCGAUUGGUGACCGUUCAACAAGUGCCCAAAGUGUUUCAUGAAGACAGUAUUAUAUGUGGCUACCGCUCCCCUCAGAGCUCAGCCACUGCCUGUAUCCUGAGUCUCUUCCAAAUGACUAAUGAGACCGUCAAUAUCUGGACACAUUUCAUACCUACCUGGUACUUCCUAUGGAAGAUGUUGUCCAUGCUGUUCUGCCAUGAGUCUUUGCAUGAUCCGUUCUUGUGGCCCCUACUUGUCUUCAUGUUGUCCUGCUGCAUUUACCCUUUGGCAUCCACCUGUGCUCACACCUUCAGUAUCAUGUCCACCCAAGCCCGUCACAUAUGCUUCUUCUUUGACUACGGAGCUCUCAGUCUUUACAGUUUGGGAUCAGCCAUUGCUUACUCGACAUAUGUGUUUCCGGAUCGGUGGGUGAAUAGCCUUUUCCAUCAGUGGUUUGUGACGUGUGCUGUGCUGAAUACCAUUAUCUGCACUGGGAUGGCCUGUUACUCUAGGCUGGGAGCUCCCCUUCUGCAUUAUAACCAGCUUCUGAUAGAAAGGUUCCCGGAAGUGGCGCGUCCACGGUUCAGUAAGGUUUUGCGCACAACAGCCUUUGGAUAUCCAUACUUUUUUGACACAAUCCCCUUGUUCUACAGGCUGUUCCUGUGCUCAGGUAGUGACUGCACACAGAAUGCUACGGUAACCUUGCACAUUGGGCACACUUUCCUGGCAUUACUCACUGGUUUUCUCUUUGCCACCCAUCUCCCAGAGAGACUGGCCCCUGGACGUUUUGAUUAUGUGGGUCAUAGUCACCAGCUUUUCCAUGUGUGCGCUAUCUUGGGCACUUACAUCCAGAUGGAAGCACUUAUUAUGGACAUGAAUCUGCGUCGGAGCUGGUUCGAGAAAAAUGGCAGCUUGCCUUCCUUAUCCAGCACCUUGGGAGCAUGGAGCUUGGCCCUGGCCCUCAGUCUCCUGCUGGUCAUUGGAUUCUCAUGGGCUCUGUACUGGAAACCAGAGCCAGAGAAAAAAAAGAGACGCAUGUGAACUGCUCAGAUUUAAAUUUCCUCGAUGAGUCUAACUAUAUAAGAAAGUACGCGGUAUGAGUGAGCGCAAACAGAUCCGUUUGGUUGUCCAUGUCAGUGGCAUGUUAUCCUGGUUUUUCUGCUUGGCUUUCCUGAAAAUCCUAAAAAUGCAAUGAAUAGCCAAGAGAGGGAAAGCUGCUGAUGUCUUAUUGCUCACCUGUAAUAGCAAAGACUCACCCAAAUGACUUUACUACCGUAACUUAUUGUGGACCUAUGCAGACAUGACCACAAGCACUUACUGAUGCCAGGUUA